UUGAGGUACGGACUGGAGAAUACCAUGCCAUCGACGAGUUGAGCGCAUAUACGGGCGUUUUGCACAGGAAAAUAAAGCGAUAUCUCCGAAUCCGCCUGCGAUACGCACAGAGAGGCUCUACAAAACCCAACUGUGGAUGUAACUGUUGCACUUUGAACACAGACAUGAACCACUGAGACAGCAAAAGAAGAAAAAGCCUGGAAUACGCUUGAGGGAAGAGCUUUGUCUCAUUCCCCCCUCCACAUUAGAAGGUUUGGAAUCAUGAGGUCCUUGUGGCUGCUGGUAUUUUCCGUCUCUAUUUUGACCGGGACCAACAUGGCGUUUCCCAUGACUCCUACUGAACCCCCUGAAGUCUCCGGGAGCUUCAGGGUUAAAGACACGAGCCUCACGCACCUCACCGUGCACCACAAGACUGGCGAGGUGUUCAUCGGCGCGAUAAACCGAGUCUACAGGCUCUCCGCCAAUCUGACCGAAAUGCGCUCGCACCAGACGGGUCCCGUGGAGGACAACGCCAAGUGCUACCCGCCCCCCAGCGUACGACCAUGCACGCAGAAACUGGAAUCCACUGACAACGUCAACAAAUUGCUGCUUGUUGAUUAUGCUGGCAACCGUCUGGUGGCUUGUGGAAGCAUCUGGCAGGGCGUGUGCCAGUUCCUGCGGCUGGAAGAUCUCUUCAAGCUUGGUGAACCACAUCACCGUAAAGAACACUACCUCUCAGGAGCCAAAGAGCCAGAUGGGAUGGCUGGAGUUGUGGUGGGCGAUGACGACGGAGACUUGAAGAAGAAAAAGAAAGGUGACAGCCGCCUCUUCAUCGGCUCCGCCAUCGAUGGCAAAUCUGAGUAUUUCCCAACCCUAUCCAGCCGUAAACUGGUGGCAGAUGAGGAGAAAAUGGAAAUGUUCAGCUUGGUUUACCAAGAUGAGUUUGUGUCCUCUCAAAUCAAGAUACCUUCAGACACCCUGUCUCAAUAUCCCGCAUUCGACAUCUACUACGUUUACGGGUUCUCCAGCCGCACUUACAUCUAUUUCCUCACUUUGCAACUGGAUACCCAGCUCACCCAGGUUGAUGCGACGGGCGAGAAGUUCUUUACCUCAAAAAUCGUCCGGAUGUGCUCCAAUGACACUGAGUUCUACUCCUACGUCGAGUUCCCACUUGGGUGCACCAAGGAUGGCGUGGAAUACCGACUUGUCCAAGCCGCCUACAAGCACCGUCCUGGGAAGAUUCUGGCCCAGGCUCUCGGCCUUUCUGAGGACGAAGAUGUCUUGUUUGUGAUCUUCUCCCAGGGUCAGAAGAACAGGGCUAACCCACCGAGAGAAACAGUGCUGUGCUUCUUCACGCUGCACCAGAUCAACCUGGCCAUGAGAGAGAGGAUCAAGUCGUGUUACCGCGGGGAAGGAAAGCUGUCUCUGCCAUGGUUGCUCAACAAGGAACUGCCUUGUAUUAAUACGCCCAAGCAGAUUGGCGAUGAUUUCUGUGGUCUGGUUCUGAACCAGCCUCUCGGAGGACUGAGGGUCAUUGAGGGCACUCCCCUGUUUGACGACCGCACUGACGGUAUGGCGUCCGUGGCCGCGUACACUUACGGAGGUCAUUCGGUGGUAUUCGUGGGGACUCGCAGUGGCCACCUCAAGAAGAUUCGAGUGGAUGGUAUACCGCCGCCUUCGGAGAACGCUCUGCUGUAUGAGACGGUCCCCGUUGUGGAGGGAAGCCCGAUUCUCCGUGACAUGGUGUUCGAUCCUGAUUAUCAGUACAUCUAUCUUCUGAGCGACAAACAGGUGAGUCGUCUGCCUGUGGAGAGCUGUUCUCAGUACAGCAGCUGUAAGACGUGUCUGGGCUCAGGAGAUCCUCACUGUGGCUGGUGUGUCCUGCAUAACAAGCAGCAGCUGGUCAUGGGGACCGGUUACUGCCGUCAGGAAGUGUCUGGCUAUUGCUGGCUUACCGCCACCCCUCGCUGCCUAUCCGCUAUCAUCAUGGCUUUCUGCUCCCUCCUGUACUGGAUGAACUCCCGUCAGAGAGUGGGCUGCGUUCAGUCAAAGCCGGGGGAGGAAGAGCAAAGAUGGUUGUGCAAGAAAGCGGUCGGUGUAAUUUUGCCAGUGCCAACGUCUGGGAUGUUUCAAACGGGAGCAGAGGAUCUUUUCUUCCUCCCGAGAGCGAAACGAGAUUAUACUGAGCAAUGCAGCUCCAGGUGUUCGUCGUGUGUUAGCAGCCCUUUCCCCUGCAACUGGUGUAAAUAUCGCCACAUCUGCACUAAUAACGUUGCCGAGUGCUCUUUCCAGGAAGGUCGAGUGAGCAGUGCAGAGGGUUGCCCGCAGAUUCUGCCUAGCAGUGACAUCCUGGUACCGGCGGGGAUCAUUCGGCCAAUCACACUGCGAGCUCGUAACUUGCCCCAGCCUCAGUCGGGACAAAAGAACUAUGAGUGCGUCUUUAAAAUCCAGGGCAAAGUUCAGCGUAUUCCCGCGGUCCGUUUUAACAGCUCCUGCAUCCAGUGCCAGAACACUUCGUACUGGUAUGAAGGGAAUGAGAUGGGAGACCUGCCUGUGGAUUUCUCCAUCGUAUGGGACGGUGACUUUCCCAUCGACAAGCCGUCAUCCAUGCGAGCUCUCCUGUAUAAGUGUGAAGCUCAGAGGGACAGAGGGACACUCUGUCUGAAGGCAGACAGCAUGUUUGAGUGUGGCUGGUGUUUGGCCGAUAAGAAGUGUCUCCUGAAGCAACACUGUCCAUCACCCGAACACAACUGGAUGCAUCAGGGACGCCGCAACGUACGCUGCAGCCAUCCCCGAAUCACUAAGAUCCGGCCACUGACGGGGCCGAAGGAGGGCGGCACACGUGUGACCAUCGAAGGAGAGAAUCUGGGGCUGCAGGUUCGAGAGAUCACGCAUGUGCGUGUGGCGGGAGUUCGCUGCAACCCUGCUGCGUCUGAAUACAUCAGCGCUGAGAGGAUCGUGUGUGAUAUGGAGGAAUCUCUGAUGUCGAGUCCCCCUGGUGGUCCAGUGGAGCUGUGUAUCGGUGACUGCAGCGCUGAGUAUCGAACCCAGUCGUCUCAGAUGUACUCUUUUGUGACUCCGAGUUUUAACCGGGUGCGGCCGGAGAAAGGACCCGUGUCCGGCGGGACCAGGCUGACUAUCUCAGGCCGACAUCUGGACGCCGGGAGCGCCGUGACCGUGUUUUUGGCCCAGGAAGAGUGUCUGUUUGGCAAGAACCUCAUGCCUCCUGCUCCUGGCAACGCCCGCCUGAAUUACAGCGUGAUGAUUGGAGAAACGCCCUGUCUGUUAACAGUCUCUGAAUCUCAGCUGCUCUGUGAUUCGCCGGAUCUGACCGGAGAACAGCGAGUGAUGAUCCUCGUGGGCGGCCUGGAAUAUUCUCCUGGAAUGCUUCACAUCUAUUCCGACAGCACUCUCACGCUGCCUGCCAUCAUCGGGAUCGGAGCCGGCGGCGGUGUCCUCCUCAUCGCCAUCAUCGCCGUGCUCAUCGCAUACAAGCGCAAGACGCGGGACGCCGACCGCACGCUUAAACGCCUACAGUUGCAGAUGGACAAUCUGGAGUCCCGUGUCGCGCUAGAGUGCAAGGAAGCAUUCGCUGAGCUGCAGACAGACAUCCAAGAGCUGACAAACGACAUGGACGGUGUGAAGAUCCCUUUCCUGGAGUAUCGUACCUACACCAUGAGAGUGAUGUUCCCUGGCAUCGAAGAACACCCGGUUCUAAAGGAGCUGGACUCUCCGGCUAAUGUGGAGAAGGCCCUGCGCUUGUUCAGUCAACUGCUGCACAACAAGAUGUUCCUGCUGACCUUCAUCCACACGCUGGAGGCUCAAAGGUCCUUCUCCAUGCGGGAUCGCGGCAAUGUGGCCUCCCUACUCAUGGCGGCACUGCAGGGACGGAUGGAGUAUGCCACUGUGGUUCUCAAACAGCUUCUUGCUGACCUGAUCGAAAAGAACCUGGAGAACCGUAACCAUCCCAAACUACUGCUUAGACGAACCGAGUCUGUGGCUGAGAAGAUGCUCACUAACUGGUUCACGUUCCUCCUGCACCGCUUCCUCAAGGAGUGUGCUGGCGAGCCUCUGUUUAUGCUCUACUGUGCUAUAAAACAGCAGAUGGAAAAAGGUCCCAUAGACGCCAUCACAGGAGAGGCCAGAUACUCCCUGAGCGAAGACAAGCUCAUCCGACAGCAAAUCGACUACAAGCAGCUGACGCUCAUGUGUAUUCCUCCGGAGGGAGAGGCCGGUACAGAAAUCCCUGUUAAGGUGCUAAACUGUGACACGAUCACUCAGGUGAAGGACAAGCUGCUAGAUGCUGUUUACAAAGGCAUCCCAUACUCACAGCGCCCACAGGCCGACGACAUGGACCUGGAAUGGCGGCAGGGUCGACUGACCAGAAUCAUCCUCCAGGAUGAAGACGUCACCACAAAGAUCGAGAGCGACUGGAAGAGAUUGAACACACUGGCGCACUACCAGGUGACAGAUGGGUCUUUGGUGGCUUUGGUUCAGAAGCAAGUAUCCGCUUACAACAUCGCCAACUCCUUCACUUUCACUCGCUCUCUCAGUCGAUACGAGAGUCUGCUGAGGACGUCUAGUAGUCCAGACAGCCUUCGAUCCAGGGCUCCCAUGAUCACACCUGACCAAGAGACGGGCACCAAACUCUGGCACCUGGUGAAGAACCAUGAGCACGCAGACCAGCGAGAGGGAGAUCGUGGGAGCAAGAUGGUGUCUGAGAUUUAUCUCACACGCUUACUGGCGACCAAGGGCACACUGCAGAAGUUUGUGGACGAUCUUUUUGAGACUGUGUUCAGUACGGCCCAUCGCGGCAGCGCUCUCCCGCUGGCCAUCAAAUACAUGUUUGAUUUCCUGGAUGAGCAAGCAGACAAGAGACAGAUCACCGACCCGGACGUACGGCACACCUGGAAGAGCAACUGCCUUCCUCUGCGGUUUUGGGUCAACGUGAUCAAAAACCCUCAGUUUGUCUUUGACAUCCACAAGAACAGUAUUACAGACGCUUGUCUGUCAGUGGUGGCUCAGACCUUCAUGGACUCCUGCUCGACGUCUGAGCAUCGCCUGGGCAAAGACUCUCCGUCAAACAAGCUCCUCUAUGCUAAAGACAUCCCGAACUACAAGAGCUGGGUGGAGAGAUAUUACCGAGACAUCAGCAAGAUGCCAAGUAUCAGCGAUCAAGACAUGGAUGCCUAUCUAGUAGAGCAGUCCCGUCUCCAUGGCAACGAGUUCAACACACUGAGCGCGCUCAGUGAACUGUACUUCUACAUCAACAAGUACAAGGAAGAGAUUUUGACAGCCCUGGACAGAGACGGUUACUGUCGCAAACACAAGCUACGACACAAACUGGAACAAGCCAUUAACCUGAUGUCUGGCAGCAGCUGAGGGCGGUGACGGAUUGGACGGGACGGGAGGGGAAGCGUUCAGGGGGUUUGGGGGGGAGGGUUGAGACUGAAUUGAUGGAGUCCAGUGGACCGACCCGUGUCAGAACAUCCACGGCUUGUGCUAGCAGAAGGUGAGGCUAAAAUACUGGACAAUCAACUCUAAAGGAAUCACAGCACAGCAUACGAAGCCCAAUGUUUUUCUGGACCAGAACCUGUACACCCAAACGCCCGCACUCCCUAAUGCCCAGACCGAACGCCGUUCAUAUCGGCCUGCCUAACAAACUAUUCAACACGGACUACUGUGGAUCAGAUACAUUCCAAUAAGGAAAGGUGCACGUGCUCUUGCCUUGGAAGCCAAAUUGCCAAGAUAGUGCCAUGGAAGAAAAUAUCUGACUUUCUGGGAGAGAAAAGCAGCAACAUGUUUUAGUAAUGCAUUCGGCGGGGUAAUCUGAAAACAGUUCUUCAUAUCGACCUCCGAGAGACGCCUCAAAAACAAUCACAAUCGUGCGACGAGCUCCAUUAACAGAAAUGAAGAUAUUUAUAUCGGAAUGAAUCAAUAAUGGAGACCAAAUGCAUUAUGGGUAGUGUUGAGGCUGGGCUGAAUGGGAGGAACCUUCUCCUCCUCGUCUCGAAAUUGCCAUAGACCUAUAAAAGCGCCUUUCUCUCGUUUUCGUUCUUUUUUUGUGAUUACGGGGCCAAAUGGACCUCUACUUGUCAAGAGGUAUGGAUCAGCAUCUUUUGAAGCUUGCCUUUUCGUUGCGUCCGGAUAUGACUCCCCGAACCCUUGCCGAAAUGUACCCCAGGAUGGGCGAUCGUCCCUUGGGGGUGGGGGGGGGCAUUUCUGCUCCCUUUGCUUUUUUGUACACCGCUGUGUUACUGUGAGGUUUGGAGUGUUUACUCGGAUUCUGUGGUUCUUCUCCAAGACUGCGUUGGCGAGGGCCGAGUUUUGUCCCUUGAUGACAGGCAUCUUUAAUGUAGUAGAUCCAUCUAGAGCAAUAACUCUCAGAUUUACCUGCAAGCCAUGAGUUUAAGUUCCCUGUGUGUUCAGAUUCACCGUCCUGACUCUAAAUUUUCAACGUUAGCAGUUGGCGAGUCGCGCUCUUUUUCAUUUCCCUGUUCCGUCCAAAUGGCAGCCAAAACGUGUUCACAAUGCCAAGCACAACGAAGAGACGACUGUUCAACUCUAAUUGUUUUCUCGCCGUUUCAGCAGGCCAAUGCCAUUUUUGACACAGAAGUCCGCAGCUAGACAAAUCUCGUCCGUUCUUCAGUCGUCCCCCGUACAACCUUAUCAAGGUUCUUGCUUGAUCGAUUAUAACGAUUGUGUCGAUUCUGUCUGUAUACACAAACAACAAGGCCUUAAGUCAUUUCCUCUUCUCUUUAUCGGACUUUUCUCAUCUCCGUGACGGCGGCGGUGGCGUCGCCCUCUGCUGCCACGGAGGUGAACUGCAAACCGUUAUAUUCCAGGUACUCAAAUUGUGAUACGUCCGUGAAUUUCAAAGUACUCUCAGCUGUUUUCUAUUCCUUGCUAUAUGUGGUUCUGAGUUCUGCUCUGUCUAGUUGCGUAUCAAUUGUGUUUUUGUGUUGUGUAAAAUCACCGAGAAUGUACAGCAUGAAUAACUGAGCAUAUCUUGCAAAAAUCUUUGCCUCAUUAUACAUGUUCCAGUUUUAGACACAAAACACCUUCAGACGAUCACAGCCAGGGCAACAGGGAGAACUAUUUGCUUUCAACAUCGUCUUUAAAAUGUAAAAAACCUACUUCACAAGGUCAGUUCAAGCAAACAAACACCCAUCGUAAUGUGGGAUCAUUAAAACAGUAGGGAAAUCCAUCGGGGCCUUAUUAGUUGAGUUUGAAUGAAGAUAUUCAAUGGCCAUCAAAGUGAAUCACGUACCUUUGAAUACAUCUUACGUCGAUAGAUUUUGCCCUUUCUUACCCUGUGGUAUUGGAUUUGCUAAUAACUACUAAUCGUUAUUGCCUUAAUUUGGCUACAAAACAACAACUUUUGGUUUAGUAGCUCUAGACCUCAUCCCGCAGGGUCAUGGUUUGAAAUCUUGUGCAUUUCAACAGCAUAAUGUAUCUGGAUAUUUUAAGCUCUCAUUGAAUGUAAUUAAACCUGCCUUCAAAUUCGCCGCAUGGAUUUGGAUGGGAUAACAAGAUUCCCCGUUCAUCAUCAAAAGCCCAAUUUUUGUUGUUGGAAUUGUGAAGGCAGGAUGUUUUGAACUAAAUGUGGGGCUCAUUAACAUAUGAAAAAGUUGCAGGAUGAGAAUUAAGCAGAAUCUUUUUGAACAUUGGUUUGUUUUUCUGUUGGGGGAAUGGGGUCAGCUCAUGAAUCUGGAUCCGUUAUGGCAUUUCAACCUCUUGCAACACGAUACAUCAGGAAUUACUGCCUGUUUGCCAAAGCUGCGUCGUCAGCAAUGCAGGUACGAACCCAAUAUCCGACGUCUGGAACAAACCACUUUGAGAAAUGAAACGCAAUCAUAAAUCUACGUUAAAAAAGCUGAAAACUAAACAUCAGUGGUUGAAAUUUUUUGAUUUAGCACCUCUUGGUUGAAACCACGCCGUCAGGUUUACAUCUGAUUUUCUAUACUGUGAGUAAAGCCAAACGUACUGUGGGGGAAGUGGACUUAGCUUGGUCGCGUACAUACUGCCUGUAAGAUAACUCUGACUAUCGUUAAGUGCAACUGGCCACCGGGGUGUUUUUAGGUAGACUGGUGAAGACGGAGCUAACACUAACGACGCCUCGGCCGAUAGCCAUAUAUCAGAAAUCGCCCGUUUCGUUUCGUACAGCAGAACUCAGAGCCAAAUGAGGCGCUUUGCGGUUUGUUUUCGUCGUGUGGUGAAACGGCAUACUCUUAAAAGCACCUGUAACUUGUGAGGAACGGAGCGGAGUGAGUGGAAAAAUAACUGUGGUGUUUUUUCAGUAGAUACAGUAGAAGAAAAUGUCUGUUUUAGAUCCAUAACUACAUUUCAGUCAAUGUUCUAGUUAUAAAAGAAGAAGAAAAAGAAAAAACAUUUUGUCUCAGAUGAAUUAAUUCUAAUUUAUUUGUCGG